UCUACGGUUAUUGCGGCUUCGCUGUGCGCUCGCCGCAGCUGCCGAAGGCGCGGGGCUGUUUUACACCUUAUUUCAUUGCCGUCGUCACGUGCCUUCCCGUGCUCCGCUUAGCGCCUCGUUGCUAUCGGGUCGAGCGGCCCUUCCACGAGGCACCGGCGAGCAGUCUGUACAAACUACCGGCCGUGAAUUGACGAGGCUGCCUCCGCACCGAUGGCUCGCGACUACCGUGUGCUGUCCAUACAAAGCCAUGUGGUUUCGGGAUACGUCGGCAACAAGAGCGCCUGCUUCCCUCUUCAGACUCUAGGCUUCGAAGUGGACUUCAUCAACUCUGUACAAUUCACCAACCACACCGGAUAUCCGUUUUGCAAAGGACAAGUACUGAAUGCUGAAGAGCUUCAAGACCUUUACGAUGGCCUGAAGCUAAACAGAAUAACCAAGUACUCGCACAUAUUAACAGGUUAUGUUGGCUCAGAUUCUUUCCUCAACAAGGUAGCCGACAUAGUGCAAGAGUUGAAGCAAGAAAAUUCUUCGUUAAUGUACGUAUGUGAUCCUGUAAUGGGAGAUAAUGGAAAGCUAUAUGUGCCUCAAAGCCUAGUGAACAUCUAUAAGGACCGGCUUGUGGCCAUGGCUGAUGUGGUCACGCCAAACCAGUACGAACUAGAGCUCCUUUCAGGAAAGCAAAUUACAACAGAGAGCACGGUGUUGGAGGCGAUGGACGUGUUGCACAUGAAGGGCAUCCCGAUCGUGGUGCUUACGUCGUACCGACCGAGCGACACGGCCAAGGAGAUCUACCUGUACGGCAGCAGCAAGAAGGGAGGCACACGCAGCGCCGUCAAAAUUGAGAUUCCUGCCAUCAAUGCACAAUUCACCGGCACUGGCGACCUGUUGGCGGCCUGCAUUCUCGCCUGGAUCACACGCACAAACAACCUCAAGGAGGCACUGGAGAAAGCUGUGGCCACUGUUCAAGGUGUUCUACUUAAGACGUUCAAGCAUGCGUCAGAGAAAGAAAAAGAAGGUGAAGCUGCAGCUGGCACUGCACCUGCAUCUGAGGCGGAAGGCAAGCCCGCUGCUCCAGCAGCAGCGGCAGCAGCAGCAGCAGCACUCUUGGAGCUACGCCUGGUGCAGAGCAAGGAGCACAUUGAGAACCCACACUCAGACAUUCGAGCCAUCAAGAUCUUUUGACGUGUUCCAGCAACGAACUAGGAAUGCUCAAGAAGAUCAAAAUAAAGUCCCAUGUUUUUAGUAACCA